CCAGUAUUGAAGGUUGAGGCUAUUCUUGCAGAAGCGGCAGUUCAACUGGUUACCUUACUCAGCAAUGUUUAGGAAUCAGUACGACCACGAUGUUUCCAUAUGGAGUCCACAAGGACGAAUACACCAAAUUGAAUAUGCCAUGGAGGCUGUGAAGCAAGGCUCAGCAGCUGUAGCAUUGAAAAACCACGACUAUGCUAUUAUUGUUGCUUUAAAAAGAGCGCCGUCGGAACUGUCAUCUUACCAGGAGAAGAUUAUCCACAUCGAUGAUCAUGUUGGCGUCGCCAUUUCAGGGUUAACGGCAGACGGAAGGCUACUGAGUCGUUCUAUGCGCCGUGAGUGUGCAGAUAGCAGAUGGGCAUAUGAUGAACCUUUGCCUAUAUCCCGUUUACUUUCGAAGAUCACCCUGAAGAUGCAGAUUCCUACUCAGAGGUAUGGUCGGCGUCCUUUUGGCGUGGGGAUGCUGGUCACUGGUUAUGAUGCAUUAGGGCCACAUGUGUACUACUUGUGUCCUUCUUCAAAUGCAUAUGACUGCAAGUGCAUUGCUAUCGGAUCUCGCUCUCAGUCAGCUCGUACAUAUUUGGAACGAAAUCUAAAUGAGUUUAAAGGUUCUUCGUUAGAUGAGUUAAUUUGUCACGGACUAAAAGCUUUGAACAGCACAUUACCAAAUGAAGUUAGUUUGAAUACGAAGAAUUGUUCACUUGCUAUAGUCGGAAAAGAUAUGAAGUUUACAAUGUUUGAAGAUGAUGAUAUUGAUCCAUAUCUCAAGUUAUUCGAAGCCACUCAGACUGAUUCACAAACCCCAGUUGUAUCCGAUUCUGGUCCUACACCGAUGGAACAAGAUCAGCCUGCAUCUUAACAGACUGAGUUCGUAUACACCCAGUGACUACAAUUUGUCUUAUGUACUGUUUACUUUUAUUUGUAAAAAGAAGUGAAUAAAAAUUACGACAUG